AUGGAGCCACAAGGGAUUGUCAAAGCCUUUCCCAAGAGGAAGAAGGUGAGGGAUGGCUCAGGGAAGAGUGUUCCUUCAAAGAUCCUGAAAGAGGAAGGAACUGAGAUACCUGAGGCAGAGUGGCUGAAACCAGUCACUGCCUACGUGUUGCAAGCUGGCAUUGGCCAUGCCAGAGUGGAGAUCUUCCAUAAGCAGAUUGUCCAGAAUGGAGGUGUCGUACACAACCAGCUCUCCCCAGAGGUGACGCACGUCAUUGUGGCUGAAGACAUGGGCUGUGAUCGAGCCUUUCGCCUCCUGAAGUUAACCAAGCUACCCCCAGGGCUACAGCUAGUGAAGGCAUCCUGGCUAAGUGCUUGCAUUAGAGACCAGAAACUGCUGAGUACCAGUGGCUAUGGUGUCUUUAUCCCUCACAGGUACCAUGAGGAGGGAGAACUCCAGAAAGAACAGCAGCAGGUCCUGGACAAUGAAGAGAUCCAGCCCCCAGCAGAAGAGGGAGCAGUGAAACCUAAUACUGAAUUACAGGUGGAAGAUUCCUCACAGCAAGGCCUGGGCACUCUUGGACAGCAGCAACUGGCUGAGAAAUACUCUGAUGAUGAUGUUGACAGUGAAGGAGAAGAUGCUAGUGUCACCCAGGGAGAUCUGGAAGCCUUGAUUUCUGGCCACUACCCUGUGAAAUCAUCAGAGACCAGUGACAGUUCUUCCACAGUGGCCCAGCCUCCCAGCAAGUGGGUUUGUGCCCAAUCUUCCAACAGCAAGAAGGAGAAUCACAACCAAUGCAUCACAGAAAAACUGGAAGUGCUGGCAAAGGCUUACUCUGUCCAGGGGGACAAGUGGAGAGCUCUGGGCUAUGCCAAAGCCAUUAAUGCACUCAAGAGCUACCACAAGCCAGUCACCUCCUACCAGGAAGCUUGUAAAAUCCCUGGGAUUGGGAAGCGGAUGGCAGAGAAGAUCCUGGAGAUCUUGGAGAGUGGGCACCUGCGCAAGCUGGAUCACAUCAGUGAGAGUGUGCCUGUGCUGGAGUUGUUUUCUAACAUCUGGGGAGCAGGUGUCAAGACAGCUCAGAUGUGGUACCAGCAGGGUUUCCGGACACUGGAUGAUAUCCGCACCAAGGCGACUCUCACCAGCCAGCAAGCUGUGGGGCUGAAGCACUACACAGAUUUCCUGGAGCGCAUGCCUCGGGAGGAAGCUGCAGAAAUAGAGCAGACUGUCAGACAAGCUGCCCUGGCCCUGAAGCCUGGACUAGUGUGUGUGGCAUGUGGCUCCUAUCGUCGGGGAAAGCCCACCUGUGGAGAUGUGGAUGUGCUGGUCACUCACCCCGAUGGGCAGUCUCACCGUGGGGUGUUCAGCAAGCUGCUCGACAGCCUCCGGAGGAGUGGCUUCCUUACAGAUGACCUGGUGAGUCAGGAGGACAAUGGUGAUCAGAAGAAGUACCUGGGUGUGUGCCGCCUCCCUGGGCCAGCCCAGCGUCACCGUCGUCUCGACAUUAUUGUGGUGCCUUACAGUGAGUUCGCCUGUGCCCUGCUGUACUUCACUGGCUCAGCUCACUUCAACCGCUCCAUGCGGGCCCUGGCCAAGACCAAGGGCAUGAGCCUGUCAGAGCAUGCCCUCAGCUCGGCCGUGCUGCGAGGCCCCGGAGGUGUCAAGGUGUCAUCUGGUCAUACUCUGCCCACUCCCACGGAGAGAGAUGUCUUCAUCCAGCUGGGGCUGCCUUACCGGGAGCCCUCGGAACGGGACUGGUGAUACCAGGUUGUCACUCGGCGCCCUGGGCCCACUGCUGUGCUGCUGUUUGGAAGGCUGCUGGUUUCCCCAGUGCUGUGCUGUGCUGA